UUUAUCGUGUAUAGUAUUUUAGAGAUUGUUCAUUAUAUAAAUAGUAUUUUAUUUUAUUUUAUUUUUUUAUGAUUUCACCAUUACAAGGCUACUGUUUGUCAAUUUUUAAUUUCCCCCUAGGGCGAUCAAUAAAGUGUUCCUUACUUGACCUGACUGUACCUUAAGGUUUUUAAUGUUCUUAAAUUCCCUCCCCUUUUAGAGAGGACAAAGACUAAACAUAAUCACAUAUGGCCAAACCCUGUUUUAUGGUGCCUCAGCUGAUAGUUAUAGUCAGCAGAUAUGUCAUCCAAGGCUUAAAUACCAGUCUCGCUGUGAAGCUGAUGCCUCAUAGUUUAGCGGACAGAACAACGCAGACAUUCACAGAGCUGUUUGGUGGAAAUCAUAGGGUUGACAGAGAAAUUUACAUUCAAUCCUAAAGAGGGGAUAGACAACCCAGUGAUGGUCAUCACAGACGAUACAGACUCCAUGUCCACACCCAGCCCUCGCCUGUGUGUGCUCAAGCGAGAGGAAGGGGAGUCUUAUGGCUUCCAUUUGCGGGUGGAAAGGGGGUGCCACGGACACAUAAUCAGAAAUGUAGGUUCAGGGGGGGUGGCAGGGCGCAGCGGCCUUCAGGAUGGAGACAGGCUUCUGGAAGUCAACAACUGCUAUGUUGAUGAUGUUCCUCACCCUGAGGUGGCCAGGAAGAUAAAACUAAGUGGACACCAGUUAUGUUUAUUAGUGUUGGACGGGGAGAUGUAUGAGCAGGCUGUGUCUCGAGGUCAAGACCUCCGAGGUGUGGUCAAAGCACACAAGGGCGAAAGCUCCAAACCACCCAGACUCUGUCACAUCUCCAGGGAGCCUGUCUCAGGGCUUGGCAUCAACUUCACUCCUGUGGAAGGAGAGAAAGGUCGCUUCUCUGUGAGCCUGGUGACAGGAGGGGUAGCUGAGAAGGCUGGAGUGUGUAAGGGGGAUCGCCUAGUGUGGAUGAACGGAGCAGCAGUGUCUGAUCUCACUCACUCUGCACUCACCAGGAUGAUGAAAAAAUGUGGCGAUCACAUCACCAUCCUAGUAAUUGACAGUGAGAGUGAGAAGGAGUACAUGCGACAGAGGAUGCCCAUCCUGCCCAUGAUGGCUAUUCCACAUAACCUACCUUAUAGAGCCAGAAAACUCCACCUGGUCUCUGAUGGAAACUCUGAUGGCUACGGCUUCCUCCUUCGUCUGGAAAGGGCACCGUCAGGACGCCUAGCUCAUGUGCUGCGGGAGGUGGACAGUGGCAGCCCAGCGGAGAAAGCAGGUAUGAUUGAUGGAGAACUGCUGCUGGAGGUCAAUGGAGAGUCAGUGGAGUCACUGAAGCAUGAGGCCAUUGUGAACAUAGUGAGAGAGAGUGGAGAACACGUCUAUCUCACAACCAUCACUCCCCAGGGGCUUGAGUUUUACACCCAGUUGGGUCUAUCCCCUCUUAUCUUCUGUAAGGAGGAUGCUGAGAAAGAAAAGGAGAUUAAUGUGCCAGUCUGUGCAGCAGAGCAGUCACUACUAAAGGACAUGGAUGACUCGCCCAAAUCCAGACUCUGUUCUCUCCAAAAAGGCCCUUUGGGUUUCGGUUUCAACUUCAGCUGUGUCAUGCAGAAUGCUGGGACAAUCAUCAGCCAGGUGGCUUUGGGAGGCGCAGGAGAGAAAGCAGGACUACUUGAGGGUGAUGUGGUGAUGGAAGUCAAUGGACAAAAUGUGGAGGAUAAAUCCCUGGAGGAUGUGAUUAUGCUUGUGAAGGAAGGAGGGCGUUCUCUUUCCUUACUAGUCAUGGAUAAGACUAGCUAUGACAAGUCGAAAGAGACUGACACACCUACUAGAGAUGCCACUGACAGUGAGGAGGAAGAAACUGAGAUAUCAUCUUUGUGAGAGAUUCAAACAACCCUGAUGACACCAUUAACUAAGCUAUACCAGAAACUUGUCUCAUAUGAUUAUUAUUAAUAUUAUUAUUGUUAUCAUUACAUUGGCCUGGAUAUAAUCUCAGAUCUGCAGAGAAAUCCAUGUGAUGAUACAGAUAAAAUAAGCAAAAUGAAAAUCAGAUGAAGGUGUAACCGUGUCAGUUGGACUAACACAAAGAAAUUCGGUAAUGUGUAUAUUUAUGUGUGAUAUGAAAAUGUCAUUGUAUUCAGUAUUAUCCAUCUACAGAUGUUGAACCGUUAGUCUUAAGACACAUUUUAUUAUCUAAAUCAUAUGAAAUACUUUGCAUUGUAAAAUUCAGAGGAAAUAAAAUGAUACACAUC